AUGGCCGCGGACGACUCGUACACGGCAGCUGACGAGCGCGCCCGUGCCGCCCGGAGAGCGGGCAUCCAGGCGAAGAAGGACGAACAGCCGGCGAACACGGCGCGGAGUUACGCGGCGAAGCAGCGGGAGUGGAAGGCCUGGUGCCAUACGCCUCGGGCUGCAGAAGACGGCGAGCUCUAUAGCUGGCCCGACGGCGAGCUCGUAACGCCGGACAAGCUGGCGGCGUGGCUCAAAGAGGAUAUCCUGUUACGACGCGUUGUGCCGCCGCAGAAGAAGCGCGCGCGGAGGCCGAAAGUCUGGCCGAAGCUUGGAGGUCCCCUGGCCGAGGCCGCCGAGCUGCUCGCUGACGACCGCGAGGGCUACGUGCCACCCACAGGCCUCGCGACGGCUGCAGUAGACCUUACCGAAGGGUAUUUGCUUACGAGGGGCACUAUCGACGCCUAUAUCGCGGCCGUUGUCGAGCUAUGGAGGCUCCGGGUGGCUCACGGCAACGCGAAUACGGAGAAUCCCCGGGGCGCCGCCGACUGGUAUCGGAUCAAGGUCCUCGUCGGGCGGGACCGCGAGCAGGAGCUCUCGUACCCGACGCAGCUACAAGAGACCUGGCGUAUCUUCGGCGCUGCCGGCCUUAUCGCGUCGAAGAAGACGCACCUCCCGCGCAGGGUGGGCGCCCAGGACGCGGAGACCCAUGGCACGUCGCUCGCCCAGAUCUCGCAGGCCGGCCGCUGGAACCAGAGCGUGCUCUGCCAGGCAUAUCUUACGCACCUACCGCGGCAGUUCAUGCGUAUUGUCGCCGGCUUCUCGGCUUCCCCGGGGGGGACUACUUCCUCGCGCGUGCGGCUCACGAACCCCCGUACGUCUUACAACGGACUAUUCCUCACUUGGCUUUGA